AUGCGAAGGCUCAGCCUCGACAAGCCCGCCCUGAAUCAGAAACCCAGCACCAACGAGAAGCCUGGUGCGCCGACGCCAUACGGCGCUCUGCGGGUCACGUUUCCCAGGGCAGCCGACGAUUCCUUAACUCUCUCUGGAACCAAUAUCAAAGCGUCCAAAAGCGGUACCAAAAACCCAGACGAUGAAAAGCCGGUCCUAAGCGGCAAUCCCUACGAACACACUUACGAAGUCGACCGCUACACAUCACUACAUUCCCACUGUCCUCCUGCUCUCGGCCCAGGACAAUUGCAACUUUGGGCAAUCGUAGAUCCUGAAACGCUGGGCAGUGCCCUAUUCUCCAAGAAGGAUAAGGCCGCGUGGGCUUCGACCUACAUGAGCUUGCUGGCGACCACAACCAUAAAGCUCCUGUGGCGCGAGUUCGGUAUUCCGGUUUAUGCUGACGAGAGCGGCAACGUGAGGGUGGGGUAUAGCAUCCGUAUGAAAGCAACGUCAAAGAUCAUUGCCACCUCGUACGGUGAUGUUAAUAAGGCAGGCAUUACCAGUUUUGGGAUCAGCUUGCACGUUGGGGGUGUAUACGACCAUCAUAGCUCGGUUGACUACACCAGCAUCACGGAAAAGUUGAUGUCGGACCAGUCGCUCCCGGAGCCCGGACCUGCGCACACCCGCAUCAUGAACCUGCGUAGGUUCCCCGCCCGCACGGCGGACGACACCCAGGGCGAAAGCCUCACGAGGACUGAUCAAGUGCUGUAUGAGCGUACGGGCCUGUCGACCUGGCUGCCCCUCGGGAUGGACAACUUCCGCCUCGCAGUCUGCUGGUCGCAGGAGCUGUCCCGCCAGCUGGGGCUCGAGACCUCGCUCGUGCACCACAUGCCAAAAAACGAAUGGAGAACCACCGACGCGUCGAAACCGCGUAGAUCCUUCACGUUUAGACCAACGGUCGUGACAGAAUGGAAGGCAAGCACCAAGGCGCACAACGAGCGCAUGGACACAAAGUUCGCGGUCGAGAAGCAGCGGCUUGUGGAGGCGAGGGCGAAGGUCUGGAGAGAUAACAAGCUGGGGACUCUGGGAUACUUCAAAUUGAAGAAGCUCCCGCCGGAAAGCGAGAGGACUGAGCGCGGCGUCGGCUGGGAGUUGGUUAUGUUCAAAACCAUGAAGGCGUGGCAGAGGCAGACCCGUGGGCUGACUGAUAAGGUAUCUUGA